AUGAAGCUUUGCGCCUGGAUGACGCGCUAUUUGCGCGGCGCUUGUUUUCCUGUCCUGUGCAUGGCUUGUCACCAUACCUUAAUUCUGAUAACGUUACGUAUUUAAUGGUUAUCAAAACCAUCGACAACGUAUCGGACAUAUUGCUUUUUAGCUUUAGAAGGUGAGCUGUUUAUCAGUAGCUCAAUCCCGAGUAAUCUGUUUAUAGGUGAGUAAAACUCAGUAUGUUGUUAUCAUCCGUGCCGAAGCGCUUGCUAAUGCGAAGGUCGCGCAGCCUGUCCCCGUGUCGCGCGUUGCAGACAACUAAAGGAGAACCUGCGAGGUGCCAGAAUAUUCACGAGCUCGAAAGGGGUAGGAAUCCCAUCGGAUCCACCUCGCGGGUGUCCCGAAAGUGCAUUUUAAGCGAGGAGCCGUGCAGCACGACCGUCACCCCACAGCUGCAGUACCAUCAGUUGGCCAGCAGAUGGCUCACUAGCCUGGAGAGCCGUAGAAACAGCUGGGCGGCGCUGGUCUCUAUGGGACGCACAAAUAGCUAUUGGGAGGACGCCGGGAGCAGGAGCGGCAACGGCUUACGCGUCUCCGCUUCAGCAGGCGUGCUGUCUGCUGCGGCUGUUGCCUUCUGCCUAAAGAAAGACAACGACUCUAAAGGCGAGUCUCUUCUGGACGCAGCCAGGUCCAACAACACCCAGGAAGUGCAAAGGUUGUUGGCAGAUGGAACAGAUCCAAAUACGCGUCACCGUCUGGGCUGGACUGCACUUAUGGUCGCCUGCAUGAACAGACAUCACAAUGUGGUGAAGGUUUUGCUGGAAGCCGGAGCCGAUCCAAACCUUGGGGAUGAGUUCAGCAGUGUUUACGGAACUGCACGGGACAAAGGCGUACACUCCCUGGAUGUGCUGGUCAGUCGGGAGGAUGAGUUCAGCAGUCGUCUUAGUAGCCGUGCGAGUUUCCGUGGUUGCACGCCACUGCACUACGCCGUUCUCGCGGACGACCUUCACACUGUCCGCGUGCUCCUCGAGGAAGGUGCUAACCCCUUGCAGACCAAUGAUCUGGGACACACUCCACUGGCCUAUGCCAAGGAAGGAGAGAUGCAUACACUUCUGAAGGAGUGGGAGAGCAAGUUUCUGGAGAAGAAGCAGAAGCGGGAGGCUGAAGAGAGGAGGAGGUUUCCUCUGGAGCGCAGACUCAAGGAGCACAUCAUUGGCCAGGAGGGGGCCAUCAACACUGUAGCAUCAGCUAUCAGGAGGAAAGAGAACGGGUGGUACGAUGAAGAGCAUCCCCUGGUCUUCCUCUUCCUUGGCUCUUCUGGAAUCGGUAAAACGGAGCUGGCCAAACAGGUGGCGCGCUACAUGCACAAAGACAUCAAGAAGGGUUUCAUAAGAAUGGACAUGUCUGAAUUUCAGGAAAAACACGAGGUAGCCAAGUUCAUCGGAUCCCCCCCGGGCUACGUCGGCCAUGAGGAGGGUGGGCAGCUCACUAAACAGCUGAAGCAGUGUCCGAACGCGGUGGUUCUCUUCGAUGAGGUGGAUAAGGCCCACCCGGACGUGCUCACCAUCAUGCUGCAGCUCUUCGACGAGGGCCGUCUGACGGACGGAAAAGGCAAGACCAUCGAGUGCAAGGACGCCAUCUUCAUCAUGACGUCCAAUGUUGCAAGUGAUGAAAUUGCCCAUCAUGCACUGCAGCUGAGACAGGAAGCUCAAGAACAGAGUCGCCGGCGCAUGGCUGACAACCUGGAUGACGUUCAGAAGGGUGAGAAAGUAACGAUCUCCAAAAAGUUUAAAGAUGAUGUGAUUCGCCCAAUUCUGAAGGCCCAUUUCAGGCGGGACGAGUUUCUAGGGCGAAUAAACGAAAUUGUUUAUUUUCUUCCUUUCUGCCAUUCUGAACUAAUUCAGCUGGUGAGCAAAGAGCUCAACUACUGGGCCAAAAAGGCAAAGCAAAGGCACAACAUCACCCUGCUGUGGGAGCGGCCCGUGUUGGAGCUGCUGGCCCACGGCUACAACCUCCACUACGGCGCCCGCUCCAUCAAACACGAGGUGGAGCGUCGGGUGGUGAACCAGCUGGCCGCCGCGUACGAGCAGGAGCUCCUCCCCGACGGCUGCACCCUUCGCCUGACCGUGGACGGAGAGGUUCAGCCUGGGAAGGAAGGGGGCGUGAUCCCUAGCCUCCGCUUAGAACUGGUGGGCAAAGACAGUAAAGCCCGGAAGCUGGACAUCCGUCCACCACUCAACCCGGAGGAAGUGACCUAUGCCCACUGAAUAUCCAUGUGGGGUGGUCAGAUCCAUGUUCGCAGGUCAGAACUGUGGUUGGUUACUGGCCGACGGGACCAUGGCAAUAAGUAAGACAACGUUGACUAAUGUGUAAUAUUUCAACAUUUUUUUUAUUUUAUUUUUUUUUUAAGUACACAAUUAGUUAUAUUUAUGACACAGCUAAUUAAUAAUUAAUAUUGUGUACACUACCAAAUCCUGAAAGUUCAGUUCUAGAACAGCAGUGGCAAUGAAUGGAGAAAUUGUUUGGCUGAUUAUUUUGGGAGGCCAACUUGAGGUAUUUGAAGAAAAAUAAAUGUUUUUGCAAUUCAUGCAUGGUUGCUGUCUAAUAAAUAAAAGCAUGUUGUACUCCUAUAGCUUUAUCAGGUUCUGUCUGUUGCAUCAAAAAUCAGUCAACUUUAAAGUUGGAACAUUAUUUUAAAAAGGUCCUACUGUUUAUAAUUUUUACAUGGGUCAUAAUGUGGUAAUGUGCUUUAGCUUAAUCUCAAAGGUAGCAAUAGAAAAAUAUGCAAUUGAAUAUCACUCCAAAUGACAGGCUGUUGAGUCUAUAUUGCUAUUACACUACACAACAAAUAGAGAAGAACUGUUUCAUUCAUCUGGGAAUGGCUUUAUUAAUCACCAGCAACACACAUUUCAACCAAUUUUAGCCGUUUCUUUAAAGACUUUUGUGAGGUAAUGUCUGUAAUGCAGUCACCAAUACAAUACAGAUUACAAAUCCAUUCCAAAAUUUAAAUAAUCUGUAAUAAGAGCCAUUGAAACUAAGACAUUGAUUGAAGUACUAAAAGGGUGAAGGAAACUAGGAAUUGUCAGAAUAACUGCUACAGAAAUAACAAUGCUUUGCCAUAUGUAUAAAUGGAAAGAUUGUAGAUGUUUAUAUUCUGUGCAGGUUGUGUAAGAAAUUCAUGUUUACAUUUCAUUGUUUUUAUUUGCUUUAAAAACUUUAUUUAAAAGAACGGGGCCAUAGCAGAGGUCAGCACUGACAUUGUGAAGUCUCGUAAAAUGUCCUUUGCUAUAAGAAAACAGCACAGCAUUUAUUAAAGCUUUUUUAAUGCUUCGGUCAGUUUCCUUAAACCAGAAUUAAAUCUUAAAACCUAAUAUAGUUACAUGUAAAUUGGCCAGUUCUAUUGGAUAGUUUAUAGGGGUCAAACAGUAAUGAGAAAGAAGUCUAAAUCAGUAAUGGAUCUCUCUCCAGGUUGGUGGUGUGCUUACUCUUUGCUAUGACAAACAUGCAGAACGAGGUCUCAAGUGAAGUUGUUUUAGCUUUUUGCCUAAAUUAUAUUGACUCAGUGUCCUAAUCCCAUUGUGAACAAUUUUAAAUGUUUUGAGUUAUGAAGAAGGGAUGAGUCCCUUUUACAUAUGACUGCAAAUAUUUUAAUUAUAUACUACAUGUUUUCAUUUCUGUAUACAAAUAUUUAAUUAAAUUGAUAAGUGCAUCUAA